GACUCGGAGUUCGUGGUCGCUCUGGGGCCCGAAUACAUUUCAGAGCAACGGAUACGAGCUCACUCAACGUCGACGCCUGCUACGGUGCGGAUCGUUCGCGACGGAGCGCUUCGAGAUACGAGAUACGAGAUACUUUUCGUGGCAAACAACAAACCGAAACACUAGUAGAGGAAAGAUACGGCAAAACGGCGACUUGCUGGGCUAGUGCUUUGACAGCGUCUUUUGUUUUCGGGUUUCCAUUCGGCUUUUUGACUGCCCGCGGCUAAACUUGAAAUUAAGCUGAUUCGGCGAAUCUGAGAUACAAGAUACAAAUGCAGAUCCCAAUGCGAAUGCGAAUGCGAAGUUGAAUGCUCACCGCUGAGCUGCAGAUAAAAACAUAGUGAAGUGAGAUACAAGUGGCGAAACACACACAUCGCUCAGACCCACAUCGAGACAUUUUAUUUAUAUUGUCCUGGAUUAAAUAUAUCUAAACAUCUCGAUCCGGGUUCUCAGCAUGCUGGGCUAGCUAAUCUGAAACAGCAAUCGGUGAAAUCUGGAAUCAGUGUUGGAAUCCUACAAUAAAUAGUCAUUCAAGAAAUCCCUUCAAACCCAACAUGCUAGACAGUUCAUCCAUUUCGAUGUCAGCUUCGUGCUGCAGCUCGAAUGCCACAAACACGGACCUGGACUAUGAUGUGCCCGUUUCGCGGCGCAUCCACAUCAAAACGAAACUUUAUGCCAAGGCCAUUUACGAUAAUUAUGCCGACACACCGGACGAACUGCCCUUCAAGAAGGGCGACAUCCUCACGGUCAUCGAACAGGACACGGAGGGCAUUCAGGGAUGGUGGCUCUGCUCCCUCCGCAACCGACAGGGCCUGUGUCCGGGCAAUCGGUUACGCAUCUUGAACUCUUACGACUCCGGCUGCUUCUCGCCAUCGCCAGCCAGCUCACCGAUUCCGUCGCUCGCCGCCAGCACAGCCACGCUGAAUAGUUCUGUCUGCUCGGCGGAUAUCUACGAGAACGGGUCUAUUAGUGGAGCCUCCUCGGCGAGAGGAGCCAUCACUGGACUGGGAACAGAGUCCUCCGCAUCCCAGGGACGGGGUUCGAGGAAAUCUUGGCACGUCUCGCCCCACAAGGUAAUCACACCGCAGCGAUACGGAGAUGUUUACGAGUACAACUGCCCACAAGGAACUGGGGGAUUAGGACCAAGUGCAGGAUCACGCUCGCCCCAUCAACAGAUCUACAGCAACCAAAGAAUUUACCAGAACCUUUCCAUCAUGGCCUCCAAUCCGAAUGGCAGCGAGUUCGAAACCUACGACAUCCCCAAGCCUGCCACCCCAGUCACCCUCACCCAUCCGCGGACUCCCACCUCCGGAUCCUGCAGCUCCAGCCUCGGUACCCGAUUCGAGUCCCUCAAGAGCGUCACCGCCUCCAUCGAGGAGGAGUCGUACGAUGUACCCCGGCCCUUGUCGCAUCAGCAGCAGCCGCUCUCCCACAUGACACCCAGCAGCUCCUCCUCAUCGUUGCUGACCAGCGAUAGCCUCUCGUUAAGCUUCUCCAAUUCCAAUCGCUCGUCACUAGCUAAUAUGCCAGACUACGAUAUCCCACGUCGGAAUCCUAUGCCCGUGCGGCGCCCAGCCUACGAUGUUUCUUUGCCGCCGCUUCAGGAACAGGAGCAGCGAAUGGGAGUUCCAGCCAGCAUCCCCGCCUCAAUCGUUGCCAAAAGCCCCAAGGAGCUGCCUCUGGAACUGAGCUCUGCCCUCGAGACAUUAGCAAGACUGCAGGCUCAGACAACCGCGGCUAUUACCCGUCUGCUCAGCUUUGUGGUGCCCAACUGGCGCAACCGAGCUAACCUGGAGCCGGCUGUCAUGGAGCUGAAGUUGGCGGCCCUGCGACUGCGAACUGCUCUGCAUGAUCUGGCUGAGUUCGGAGAGGGAGCCCUGGGGAACGCGACGCGAUCCGAGGACCGCGGAUUGGCUCUAAAGCUUCGGCCUCUGGUGCGAGCUCUUCGGGACGCCAAUAAGUUGAUUCAUGACUCCUCGGAAGCUUUGGACGCACAAGGCGGUUGGUCCGUGGAUCUGCUGGCGCGCAGUGAUGAAAAGCAUGGCUGUCGUCCACCGGAUGCCUUGGACCAGUUGAUGGCCUGCGCCCAAACACUCACCGAAGACGUCCGCUCAACCACCAGUUUCAUUCAGGGAAAUGCUUCUCUGCUCUUCAAGCGCCAACUGCCAGCAGAGCACAACGGAGGCACUCCCAACCCUGCGGAGGGCGGUCAGUGCAGCGCCGAGUGGCUGGAGGACUAUGACUACGUCUCUUUCGAGUCGAAGGACGCAGCAGCUCGUAAAAACCAAGCUCUGCGCGAGGCCAUUCCUGCUAGUCUCAAGACGCAGUUCGACACGGUAAUACGCUCAGCGGAAAGCGCGGCCAUGGGAGUCGGCUCAGGUGCCAGUUCUGGAUCAGGGGCCAACCCUCUCUCAGCUGAGCUGGCCACGACGCCGUGCAAGUCUCCCGAGAUGACCGACAAGGACAAGAAGCUGGUACGCUACUACGCCCAGCAGAUCUCCACGCACAUGGGCAACUUGAUGCAGGCGAUCGACUCUUUCCUGGAAACCGUGGAGAAGAAUCAGCCCCCAAAGUUCUUCAUUGCCUAUGGAAAAUUCGUUGUUGUGAGUGCCCACAACCUGGUGACCAUCGGUGAUAACGUGCACCGCAAUAUUUCGAAGGAGGCGUUGCGCGACAAGAUUCUGCGAUGCACCAAUGGACUGUCGGAGGCUCUGAAGACGUGUGUCUCCAAAUCAAAGCGGGCUGCCGCCCACUUUCCGAGCGGUAGUGCUGUCCAGGAGAUGGUGGAUUCCGUGCUGCAGAUUAACAGCCUGGCUCGCGAGCUGAAAACCGUAAUGCUUCAGGCGGUGCACCUAUCGGCUGUGGUGGGAGUGGGCGCCUGAAAGCCUUAUGGGGCCCAUCCCAUCGGGAACAGUAUUAGCAGCAGGAAUCUUGCUGUCCAACGAUCGUAGAUGAGUCUUCCCGCCCCACAUCGCCAUGUUCCUUACACUUCGUCUCCGCUUAUAUCUGAAGCCGGCAUAUCUCCAGCAGACAGCGUUGAAGUCGCUUAUAAUUUGCAUGUGAUAUUUUAAGCAAAGCAUCUGAGAAUGGAGAGCACCAGUCCGCGAUCGUCCGCUCUGUGCCAGACGAUCAGGGAUUCUGGAUGCUCCGCCCAUCAGAGACAGUCGCCUCGUCUAAGUUUCGAUUUUGUACAUAGUAUACCAGUAGUCCUUAGCGUUUGUAAAUUCACAUUUCCUUUCCAUCCUCCGCCAUGCAGUUACGUAUUUCCACAUUGUAGCCGCCGCACAGCUGCGCCCACGCAUUAGCCAGAAUCUGGAAGAUUUAGAAUCCGACAGCUUGCAUAGCACCUACAGAUAGUCAAAGAUGUGCGAAAAUUCAUACAUAUACACACUACCCAUUAACAAUAAGCGAACUGUAACAUUAUAUACAUAAAUAUUUGAAAAUAUCAAGCGAAAACUUUACAAAGGGAUUAAAAAUAAGAUAAUAAUAAAGAUAAUAAAUUAAUCUUAGAAACU